CCAUCUGAGCCCAUCCUCCCGUCUGUUCACACUACGCCUUCAAUCGCCAUAUUGGGUUUUGAGAGGUUACUCUGCAGUUUCUCUCAGUGCGGGACGAAAAUUGACACAGCGCCUUCGGUUCCUGUGCAGUUUGUUUUGAUGAUUCGCGGGGACUAUCUUCGGCGUCAGAACACAGCAGAAGCCAUUGGUGCCUCCAGCCUCUCGUACGCAUGGCAUAAGCGCUCCCACGCCCGUGUCGGAUCUUUCCCCCCGUGACGAGGAGAUAGCCGCUGUUGUUUUUCUCUCUCCCGUCUUUUCAGCGAGGUGUUUUUUCUUAUGAAAACCGGACGCUCCUGGCUGCUAGAAGAUUCAGCUUUUUUAGGAGGUAAAAUGUCAGACGUUCGACUUUCAAACGGAAGCCCGACGUUGGAGCGGACGGAACCCCGGCUGUCGGAGCACCCGAAGCCGUCAGCCUGCCGGAACCUCUUCGGCUCGGUGGACCACGAAGAGUUAAACAGGGAUUUAAAGGGACACAUGCGGGAGCUGCAGGACCUUGCGGCAGCGGAGUGGGGCUUCGACUUCGCCCGUGACGUGCCGCUGCCGAACUCCAGGUUCAUUUGGGAACGAGUGGACUCCGCGGAGAUGCCGGAUUUCUACGUGCGGCCGCCGCGGAAGGAGAAAGGCGUCUGCUCUGGGAAUACCAAGGUGGAUGUUAACGGGAAUCAUAGCUGUGUUCUGGUGGCUCCUCCGAGCGAAGAAACCAGCCUGUCUGUGGGUCAGACCGAGUGUACGGAGCAGUGCGCGGGGCUGAGGAAGAGACCGUGUCACGACCCCAGCGCGCAAAGUAAGAGGUCACGCAGCAGCCCAGAUGAAGUUAGUUGUCCAAGCCUGAGCCACUCUGUUGAACACACACCCAGAAAGUCCAGUCCCAAGAGACAAACGUGAGGACUAACAAAACG